UAACAGGGCGCAUUAUGGCAGGGUGCUUGUUAAAUUAACAUCACUUGGGAUCAGCGAGAUCAUUUUUCACUCCCGUUGACCCGGAGUGGGGCGUGACAUUGAGAUGUUCAGUUUACGACCCUCCUGGACUCGUGACCAUGACAAACGGCGGGCUAUUAAUGCGAUCGGUCGCCAAGCGCAAAUCCCAGGUGGCGCGCAAAGGGCGUCUCGUGAGCGGAGAGGCGCGCAACAUCACGCGCACACCUAUAUAGGAGAGCGUGGCACCGCCUCUUCUCUCAUCCACGGAGAAGCAGUCGGCGCGCUCAGUCCCGAGUAAAUCAGUUGCGUGGGGAAAGCGGACCAAAUAGGGCGUGAACGCACACCAAAGAGCCACGAAUAACGGGAUAGACGCCAGUAAAACGAGUUUGUACUAAACCUUACAGGACUCCAUUCAGCAUCCAACAGCGCCGAGAUGAACACCGUGAUACCGUUCGGACCGGGACCGUUAGAGGAGAUAACAAUGAUAGUUAUGAUGGUGAUGCACGAGGCGCUCACGGGCAGCGAUGCUCGCCGUUCCGGUUCCCCGGUGGCUUUUGUAGAAUAAUGAGAGUUUGGGUCCAAGCGCAAAGAUGUCGGUGCCUUUGCUGAAGAUCGGUGUGGUGCUCAGCACCAUGGCAAUGAUCACCAACUGGAUGUCCCAGACUCUGCCAUCACUGGUGGGGCUGAACACCACCAAACUCACCGCAGCGCAGAGCGGCUAUCCAGACCGGAGUAUAGGAGUUCUACCCGCUAACCCAGAAGAGUCCUGGCAGGUUUACAGUUCGGCACAGGACAGCGAGGGCAGAUGCGUGUGCACGGUGGUCGCACCUCAACAGACCAUGUGCUCGAGAGACGCCCGCACCAAACAGCUCCGACAGCUACUGGAGAAGGUGCAAAACAUGACGCAAUCAAUCCAAGUAUUGGACCAGCGGACCCAGAGGGACCUGCAGUAUGUGGUGAAGAUGGAAGAUCAACUCCGUGGCCUGGAGACCAAAUUCAAACAGGUGGAAGAAAACCACAAACAAAACAUCGCCAAGCAAUACAAGGCCAUAAAAGCAAAAAUGGCGGAGUUGCGGCCGCUAAUUCCCGUUUUGGAGGAGUACAAAGCCGACGCCCGGCUGGUUCAGCAGUUUAAAGAGGAGGUGCAGAACCUGACGUCCAGCCUGAACCUCCUCCAGCAGGAGAUGGGAGCGUACGACUACGAUGACCUCCACUCGCGUGUGGUUAACCUGGAGGAAAGGCUGCGUGCAUGCAUGCAAAAGCUUGCAUGCGGGAAGCUUACCGGCAUUAGUGACGCAAUCACCAUUAAAGCAUCCGGCUCCCGGUUCGGAUCCUGGAUGACAGACCCACUUGCUCCUGAAGGAGACACAAGGGUGUGGUACAUGGACGGUUACCAUAACAACCGCUUUGUCCGGGAAUAUAAAUCGUUGGCAGACUUCAUGACGUCGGAUAAUUUCACCUCUCAUCGGCUGCCUCACCCCUGGUCCGGAACGGGUCAGGUGGUCUACAACGGCUCCAUCUACUUCAACAAAUUCCAGAGUAACACGAUCAUAAAAUUCGACUUCAAGACCUCCACUAUCAGUAGGUCACAGCGUCUGGACAACGCCGGCUUCAGCAACACUUACCACUACGCCUGGGGCGGUCACUCGGACAUCGAUCUCAUGGUGGACGAGGGCGGUCUGUGGGCCGUGUACGCCACCAAUCAGAACGCAGGAAAUAUUGUCAUCAGCAAGCUCCACCCGAUUACCCUGCACGUCAUACAAUCCUGGACGACCAAUCACCCGAGGCGCAGCGCCGGAGAGUCGUUUAUGAUUUGCGGAACGUUGUACGUAACCAACGGCUAUUCCGGGCCGACAAAAGUCUACUACGCGUACCACACCAACUCCUCCACGUACGAGUACAUCGAUAUCGUUCUGCAGAACAAAUACGCCCACAUAUCCAUGCUGGACUACAAUCCGCGAGAUCGCGCGCUGUACGGCUGGAACAAUGGACAUCAGGUCCUCUACAACGUCACGCUUUUCCAUCUCAUCCGCUCGGAGCAGUUAUAACCGUGGAGAUUUGGAAAACUAAUAAUGGUGGAUUGGAUUGACACUUUGGGAUUUAGUUAAAGGAACCUAAAAAGAGACCUCAACUUUUCCAAGACGAUCCUUCGGAAUGUUCUUUCAUAAAAAUGUUAUGCUGAAUAAAAAACAAAAGCUAUAGACAUGCGAAUGACCGAAUCUAAACCAUGAACAGAUGCCAAAAAUAACAACAAAUACAUAAAGCCACGCCUUUCUUUUUUACAUACAGUAAGAACGUCUCUCUUUGUAGAAGAUUGUUUCCAGUAGCACCAAAAAGAUGUUCGUCCAUGCUUUCUUUGCAUAACAGUGAAGGAUGGGAACAAUGGAGUUAUUGACUAAUAGUCAAAAUGGAAAAUUCAAUCCGUUCCUCAUUAACCAAGUAUGUGCAGGAAUAUCGUUGGUGCUUCUUUCGUCGAACUAACACGGACAGUUAGCAGUCUGUCCGAUAUCACAGUCAAACUUAUGUGUGCUUUGCAGAGCUAACAUCUUUAGAUAUUGAAAAUUAAAUAAAAAGUGAUUGCCUGAAGGCGCUGACUGUUGAAAGCUCUGUUGUUGUUGUUGUUGUUGUUCAAAGGACUUUCCUAAGAUUUUACUUGAACUUCUCUGUGAUUAAGGUCUCUAGACACGGCCACAUGGUCACACCAUAUCAUAAUAUUUUAUGAUGACCUACUGUAUGUAGCAACUAAGAUCAGACCAAAGUGUGCUAUUGAAGUCAAUAUGAAAUCAUGAAAGCCAAAGCCAUUUUUUACGGAGCCCCUAAGUGGACGUGGAGAAAAAAUUAAAUAAAGUUCAGUUUCGCGUGCGCACGUGAAACUAUCGCAUUUAGUUUUGCGUGCGCACAUGAAACUUCCGCUUU